ACACACACACACACACACACACACACGCUGUAUCACCUCUCUCCACCCUCCUCCACCAACCACCUCCCCGCCCCAGCCCCCCUCCCGCCAUGCGCGAGUACCGCCUGGUGGUCAUGGGCGCCGGUGGCGUCGGCAAGUCGGCACUGACGGUCAUGUUCGUGCAGGGCCACUUUGUAGAAGAGUACGACCCCACUGUGGAGGACUCGCACCGAGCACAACGGGACAUCGAAGGCGAUGAGUGCGUGCUGGAGAUCCUGGACACUGCAGGCACAAAGCAGUUCUCGGCCAUGCGCGAUCUCUACGUCCGCAUGGGCCAGGGCUUUGUUCUGGUCUUCUCUCUCACAGACGCUGCCACCCUCGACGAUGUCCGCGACAUCCACACCCGUAUCCUCAGAGUUAAGGACGCCGACUACGUCCCGGCUGUCAUCGUCGGCAACAAGGCUGACCUCGUCGACUCGCGCAAGGUAUCCGCAGAGGAGGCAAAGGCCGCCGCCGCAGGCUGUAACUGCUCCUUCAUCGAGACGUCGGCAAAGAGUGGUCAGAACGUCAACGAGGUCUUCCACGACCUCGUCCGCCAGAUCAACGCCCACGCACCGAAGAACAAGGACAAGAAGAAAAAGUGUGUCAUCCUUUGACCUGCUCUUGCUCACACGCUACGCCGGCCUCUCUGGAAGCUUGGGUGGCAGCCCGGUUGGGCUCGCCACCACGCCCAGUGCGGCGCCACUC